AUGAUUCCUCAACAGCCGCAACAUCAGCAACAACAACAACAACAACAGCAGCAACAUUCUCGUUCAUCAACUAGUGAUGAUGAUUCUGGUUGUGCACUCGAAGAAUAUGCCUGGUGUCCAGCUGGUCUCAAAGCUGAACAAGUUCGGCAAUUUUUUAAAUGUUUUCCAGAAGACAAAGUCCCAUUUCUAAAUUCGAUUGGUGAAAAAUAUCGAAUGAAAAUGCUUGAAAAACAAUUGCCUCCACAUGAUUCUGAUCCUAAAUAUUGUCGUUCAUUGAGUGAAGAUGAAAAAAAUGAAUUACGAAUAUUUAAUGAUCAACAACGUCAUAAUGCACUUGCUCGUGGUGUUGCUAAACAAUUGCCACUCACACAAUCUCCUAUACCAUGUCGUGGUUGUCAAAAGUCUAUUGAUUCAGGUUCAAUAUGUAUUUAUGCGGAACGUGCUAAUCGAACUGGUUUUUGGCAUCCACAAUGUUUUACUUGUACACAAUGCAAAGAAUUUCUUGUUAAUUUAAUUUAUUUUUGUAAAGAUGGUCUACUUUAUUGUGGUCGACAUCAUGCUGAAUUAUAUAAACCAAGAUGUACAGCAUGUGAUGAAAUUAUCUUCAGUGAUGAAUGUACAGAAGCUGAAGGUUAUAGUUGGCAUAUGGAUCAUUUUGGUUGUUCAAAUUGUAAAAAACGUUUAGGUGGUGAACGUUAUGUUAUGCGUCAAAGUCAACCAUUUUGUUUAAAUUGUUUUGAAACUAUGUAUGCUGAAUAUUGUGAUACAUGUGGUGAACGUAUUGAAACUGAUCAAGCACAAAUGGCACAUGAAUCUCAACAUUGGCAUGCUACAGAUGCCUGUUUUUAUUGUUAUACAUGUCGUGUACCACUUCUAAAUCGUGCAUUUUUUCCUCGUUAUGGUGCACUUUUUUGUUCAAAUGAAUGUGCAUUACAACGUAAUAAUCGUUUUAAUCAUACAAAAUUAAUUCAACAACAAAAAUAUGAUAAAAGUCCAGAUUUAAUACCUACAAGUCAUAAACAUACGAAUCAACAUGUAAGAAUUGUUCCAGGACGUUCAAAACAUUUCGUUCCACCUCCACCACCUCCCAUACUACAACAACAACCACAACCACAAUUGUCAAAUUUUCGUUCUCUAUCUAGUCGACCAAAGGAACAAGCUGGUUAUAUCUCUGAUGGAGCUAAUGUUAGUAAAUAUAAUAAACGUGAUUUUAAUAAUGGUUAUCUAUCUGAUGGAAAUGGUGCACGUAGAUAUAAAAAUAAUUGUCAACAAAAUGAACCAAAAUUAGAUCAUAAUAAAGAUAAACCACAAGUAUUUUUACAAAUUCAAUCAUCCCCUGAAUCAAUAUUAAAAAAUCGCCAUCAAAAAAUGUAUGUAUCAAGAAGUCGUUCACGUGAACCAAUACAACUUUAUACUGAUUUAAAUCUUGAACAACUUGAUCGUCAUGGUGCAACACUUGAAAUUGCUCGUUGUUCAACAGCAAAAACGUCACGUUCAUCACUACCUGAUUUAAGUACGAAAUUAUCACGAAUAAAUUCAAAUAAACCGAAUUAUUCAAUUAUAUCUCAAGAGACAUCCAUUGAUUGUGAACAACCAAGAAAUCGUUAUAAAAAUCUUGAUUCAAAUGAUGUAAUGUAUCCAAUAUCACGACCGAAAUCAGUUGCAUAUCCAACAAAUUCAACACAAUUUCCGCGUUCACGUUCAUUAAAUGGUUCAGGACGGUUUACAAAACAACAUCAUGUUCGUUUUGUUGAUGAUGAAAAAGAGACAAGUCAUAAACAUUCACCACUACCUACUUAUCGAUCAAAUAAAACACGUUUAUCCUCAUCAUCAUCGUCAUCAUCUUCAGAUUCUGAUGAGGAUGAUGAAGAUCUUGAUUCUAUUUAUCGUCAAUAUGAUAUUCAUGGUAAUCGAUUAAAGAGACCAACUAAUUUUGGAACAAAAAUAAGUUAUGUUGAUGAACAUGGACAUGGAAAAAAAUCCUUUAAUUCAACAUUAACGAAAAAAACAGAAAUAUUAAAUAAAAAAGAUAAAAAAACGAAUGGAGGAGGAGGACGAAAAAGAAAAGAUUGUAUUAUUAGUUAA